UGGUCCCACACCAAGUACGUGGAGAUGUUUGUCGUGGUUGACAACAGGCGGUUCCAAAUGUGGAAUAGCAACGUGACCAAGACAGUGCAGAUGGUGAUGGACACCCUUGCCCACGUUAACACCUACAGCCAGGGAAUCCACGUUCAGGUGGUCCUGGUGGGUUUGGAGAUCUGGACGGAGAGGGACCAGGUGGGGAUUUCUGGGGACCUGCGGGAAGUGCUGCAGAAUUUCAACCACUGGAGAGGAGAGGAGCUGGUCAGUCGGGCAAAGCACGAUGUUGCCCAUCUCAUAGUAGGCUACGAUCCAGGAGAGUACACGGGGGAAGCAUUUCUCAAUGGGGCCUGUGUGUCUGAGCUUUCAGCAGGAGUCGAAUCUUUCUGUCAUGAAGAUGCUACUGUCUUUGCAGUGCUCAUGGUCCACGAGCUGGGCCAUAACCUUGGCAUGAGGCAUGACCACCCGUCUUGCGUGUGUCCUGACCAGCCCUCCUGCAUCAUGCUUGGAACUGUCAGCUCUGAGAGUAGUUUCAGCAACUGUAGCUUCAAGGAUUUCUACGAAUUCCUGCGCCAGCACAAAGGGUCCUGCCUGUAUGACGAGCCGGUGCCCAGGGGCCGGGUGGGGAAGCCCUUCUGCGGGGACCACGUAGUAGACGGAGGGGAAGAGUGUGACUGUGGCAGCCCCCAUGAGUGUGUGAAGGACCCGUGCUGCCUGCCCUCGUGCCAGAUGAGUCAGGGCUCAGACUGUGGUUUUGGAGCAUGCUGCAGAGAGUGCAAGUUUCUGAAGGCAGCCACGCCCUGUCGUCCCAGCGUGGAUGAGUGUGACCUCCCCGAAUACUGUAACGGCAGCUCCAUGUGGUGCCAGCCUGACACCUACAAGCAAGAUGGCACCCCGUGUGGCGGAGGUUACUGCUACCGGGGGCGGUGUAGGAGCCUUCAGAGCCAGUGUGUGGAGGUGUUUGGCAAGGGCUCCAGAGCUGCCCGGCAGAGCUGUUACCACCAUCUGAACAGCCAGGGGGACAGGUUUGGGAACUGUGGCAGUGGCCAGAAAGGGCUACACAAGGCGUUUGUCAAGUGUGAGCCUGAGGAUGUCAUGUGUGGGAAGCUGCUGUGUGAGGACAUCCCGAGGUUGCCCCAAACGAGGAACCACCACACUCUCAUCCAGAUCCCCCUGGAAGACACGUGGUGCUGGGGGGUGGACCUCUUUGAGGAUGUGGAUCUCCCUGACGGAGGGGCCGUGAAGGCAGGCACCUCGUGUGGCCCCCAGAAGAUCUGUCUCAACCGCACAUGCUCUGACGUGCGGGUGCUGCAGUAUGACUGCGAGCCAGAGGCCAUGUGUCAUGGCAGAGGGGUCUGCAACAACCUCAAGCAUUGUCACUGUGAUGAUGGCUACGCCCCUCCCACGUGUGAUUCCAAGGGCUUUGGGGGCAGUGUGGACAGUGGCCCCCCUCUCGAGGUUAGAACCCUUUCUCCUAAGCCACUUCCCUUAUAUCAGAGGCCCCAGACAGCCCCUACUCUACUUGCUAACAACCUAUCUCCUAGUUUGUACACUUCCCCUGUUAGACUGCAGGGUCCUACCUUCAUCACAGCUGGAGGCCGUAACGCCCGUCAUCUUCAAUCUCUAGAUGGCCCCUUUCCAGGACCUGAACCCUUUGCUGACCCUGCUCCAGAGAAUGCCAGCUGGGAAAAUGCCAGCAGCUCGGAAACCAGGGAGUCGCUCUUGUCCUUUUUUGAGGUCUUGAUUACAGUCCUCGUUUUUGUAAUACUGGUGUACUGCCUGUUAUAUGUACUGUUUAGACGGGACAACAGGGAGGAGGGAGAAGAGGAGGAAGAGGAAGUUUUAUCUGUCCUGUUCAGAUCAGAGCCCACGGCAGAAGAUGAGGCAUGUGGAGAGGAUGAACAGGAGGAGGAGAAAGAGGAGGAGGAGGAGGAGGAGGAGAAAAGGAGGAGGAGGAGGAGGAGAGAAGAAGAGGGAGAGAGCGACUAGCGGGUGGGAGGAAAUGGUACAAACAGGCUGAGUGUGUUUUGAAAUGUGAGCCCUCGGUGGGGAUGAGUGGGACCCAUUCCCACUGGGAUGACGUCCACUGGGUCCCUGAGGCUUGGAGAGGGAACAGGACCAGGCCGUGUUGUGAAAGUAGAAGUGGGGACUUUCAGGCCUCCCCCCCUUCUUUCCCUGAGACAGAGAGGGUUUGAAUAAAAGAAUGCACCAAGGUCUGUCCCAAAGUGAUGUAUCUCUUCAGACUGCCACAAACCGUGGGUCAGCUUUGGAAGUUAGGUGCAGGGUCCAGGUCACCUCCCUGCUACCACCAGAGGAGCUGUGACUGAGCAUAUUCAUCUUCACUCUCUGGACAUGUGGCCAAAUUCUCUGACUCAUCUGUCAGUUUGCUUCUCCUUCCAUUCUCGCCAUAUAGGUUGGGGUUUUUUUUUCUUCUUCUUAAUAUUAGGGUGAAGUGGAAAUGUGUUAGAUUAGGAAUCUGAGGAUCUGCGUUGAAAUCUUGGCUUUGCCACUUAAGCUGUCUGUGACCUUGGGCUUCUCUGGUCCCUCAUAUUCUUCAUCUGUGGGAAAUUCAGGGGAGAUGGUUCUCAAAUGGUAUGCCGUGGCACCCAACUGUGCUGUGAAUUUUUCUAUGUGUGCUGCAAAUUUCAGAUGUUAUUACAGAUAAAAGAAAAUUGGUAAAUAAAUCUGUUAAAUAUAAGUUGUACUUACCCAGUAUACUAUGUA